GUCGGUGACGCUCGACGGACGGCCGUCUAAGAGACAAUUGCUCCCACACUCUCCAUCCAUUCAUCCCAAUCCCUCCCCUCCGAACACCAAACCGACACAGAGAGAAGGAAAAAGGUUGGAUCAUCUCUCGAUCGUCUCUAUUUGUUCUUUGUUCUUUUUUUUUCUAUUUUAGGUAGAACUUGAUCCAAGUUCUCAAGGACGGACGAAGCAUAUGGGUUCCAUUGCUCAUUUCUCGCCAAUCUUGCUGCUCCUGCUGCUCGAAAAGGGUUUGGAGUUGAUGUUGUUUUGAGCCUACAAGAAGAAUCAUUUAUAAACCAUUGAUUAUCCUCGGAUAGUGCCUGCCUGCGUUUAGUUCUUGGGCAACGAAGUGAGGAGGAGGAAAAGAGGCAUCAUCAUAAAGCUUGCCGUAUCAAAUGGUGGACAUUUGGUGGUCAUUGUUAGGGGCUGCAGUUCCAGCUCUUGUGGUAGGGCAAGCCAUCAGAGCAAAGAGAAAAAAUGGCGAAGAGCAAAGGUUCAAGAGUGCCCAAGGGCAUGAAAGAAGCUCGGAUGAAAUCUUCGUAUGUGACAGAGUCUGUACUUCUAAGAGAAUGCUCAAGAAGGUCGGUGCAUUAUCAGAGAAUCCGCCUCAGGAUACAUGUGUUACUGUUUGUGGUGUUUCUGAACUUGAUGCAUGUGCUGAUGCUUGUGCACGGAGUGUUUGUGUUAUCCAACACCAAGUGCCUAACUGGAACGACGUUUGCCUUAAAAGGUGCCAAACCGAAUGCCUUAGGCUCUUGGCAACUUCAAAGUACUAGAGCAAACUUUUGUUCUCGGUGGUGAUAUGAAUAAUUCUCACACAAAUGUUAUCAACUAUUUAGUUAUGGCUUCUUCUUUAUGUGUUUUUCUUAAAGAAACAUUAUUUUGUUGAUUUCCUUAUCAUUGUUGAUCAUGGUUAGUUUUUGCAAUUGGCUACUGUUUGUUAGAUUGUUGGACCUUUUUUGUUAUUCUAUAACAUUCAGUGUCGCAACUUGUGAUCUUAA